AUGAGCUCAAUUUUCCCUCAUCUAGAGGCUGCGGCCGCAGACAACAACGUUGAAUCCCUGGAGAGACAUCGAGAGACCGCCUUAAGACUCGCCAAAGCUCUCUCCGGCUUCCAAUUCGCCCAAGCAAACAGCACAGACGACACCCACCACUGGCACCAUCAGCUUUCCGAGCUGGCAGAUGACGAGCAAGGAGGACCCGCUGAGACCCUGAUCAUGAUGGUGGGCAGUAUGGGAACAGGCAAGAGCACAGCCAUCAACGCCCUGCUUGACGAGCCGCGCCUGUUGCCCACCAGCGGGUACGACGCCUGCACCUCCGUAGCGACGGAGGUCCGCUACAACUAUUCCACGGAUCCACACGAGGCAUAUCGAGCCGAAAUCACCUUCAUUACCGCGGAAGAGCUACUGCGCGAGCUACUCGUCUUGAGCGGGGAUGUUCUCUCCGCCGGCGAGAUGGCCGUUAGCACCGCAGCCGACGACAGCCCAGCCGAGAUCGCAUGGGCCAAGAUUCACGCCGUCUGGCCGCAUCUGACCAAGGUUGAGAUGGCAGAUCCGAGCUUUAAGCUGGUCAACCUGCUACAGGACCCGCUCAUCAGGCGCUAUCUCGGCGCGACUCUUCACAUCUGUCAUCCAGAUGCCGCGAGCCUGAGCAGAGACCUGUGGAGAUUCAUCGCCAACAGGGACAAUGUCGCCCUUGCGAAGAAGGCUGAGGGGUUCGAGUUUGAGCAGCAGUUUUGGCCGUUGGUGGAGAAAGUCAAUAUUUUUGUGAAGGCUGAGGUGCUCUCUACUGGUGCUGUGAUCAGGGACAUGCCUGGUGGCCAAGAUGGAAAUUCCGCAAGAUCUGCCCGUGCAGCUGCGGAUGGGGACAGGUGCGAUCAUUUGUGCGUGUUCGUCCCUAUCAAGCGUGCAAUCAGCGAGCAAAUUGUGAAGAAGCCUUUCAAUGAUGCCAGUACGUUCAGAAAUUGGAUCAAGUUCGACGGUAGACUCAACGACAUCACGUAUGUCUGUACCAUGACGGACGAUAGUAUCGAGAUCGACAGAGACGCCGAGGAAUUUGGGCUUGUGGAGCAACUCGAUGACCUCACGGAGUUGGAAGAGGCGCUGGAUGCUAUCGAGGUUGCUCUGGCCGAGACACGUGCACAACUCGAUACCCUCCACAACGAGGUGCAAGCUCCAGAGGGCUCCUCACAAUACAGAAUGUCAGGGGCCAAACGCAAAAGAAGCAUAACGUCUCAAUUUCAACGCGACAAGAGGCUGAGAGGAACUUCUGCAUCCUCUUCACCAGACGAAGGUAGCUACACGACGAACCAUGAUCCAGAAAUGAGUGAGGACUCAAGAGAAUUUCUUAUGCCAGAAGCCGGGAUCACUGAGGCCGAAGAGCUUGCGGCUAAGAUUCAACGUCUAGAGACGCACCGUGAAGCACUGCAAAAGCAACUAGUUCAUGAUGAGUCUUUUCUCAAAAUAUCAUGUAUUGAAGCCCGAAACACUCGCACCAGCUCUGCUAUCAAACGAGAUUUUAAUCACGCAGCCAAGGAACUUCUCUCACAUAGGAGAGAAUUCAGAUCCGGGAACAAAAAGCCAAUUCUCGGCGUGAAUGGCAGAACGGACCUCCAGGCUCCCACAGUCCACACUGUCUCAGCACGUGGCUACUUCGAGUCUUUGAAACGGCGCAGGAAGGCAGACUUCUGGGCACCUGAUAAUACGGAGCUGUCCGGCAUCCCGGCAUGGCGAGACCAUAUCAAGCAACUGACAAUGCCCGCUCGACGGCGAAAGUGUCAAAACCUUCUGAAAGCUGUGUUGAAAUGCUUCAAUCAUAUGUCUAUAUGGUGUGACAACGGCUCAGGCAUUAGUCUGACCUCUGAGCAAGAAAAGAGAGAGUUGGCAAAGUACAAGACAGAUUUGGAGCUGUGUGUUGAGCGCCUGGGAUAUCAUUUCGAAACAUUCCUCACUGAGUGCCGUGGUAUUUUCGAUCGUAUUUUCUCUGAAAGGAUGAAAAACGCCCUUCCAGAAGUCAUCAGUUCCGCCAUUGAUGUUGCCAACACGUGGCCGUCGCGGAAAAGAGGAGACCAGCUGUUGGCGGCCGGGUCAUACCGCUCCGCCUGCCGUAAUGGAGGAGUCUACAAGGGCAGGGCUCGUAUCAAAAAGAAGAGUCCGUGGUGCCUCAACGAAGAGCUUGCCCAGCCGCUUUUCGACGCUAUCGAGCACCACUGGCAACAUGCAUUUGACAGCCUCCUUCCCACCGCUUUCCACACUCUCAGAGACAAUUCUGCGCAAGCAAUCAGCGAUUUGAGCAAUGCAGCAGAGAAGCGCAUGGAACUCAAUAUGACGGAAUCUGCGCGCCGGAAAUUGCGUGGUCAGAUGAGGGCUGAAAUCCAGGCCGUUUACACGGUGGUUGAUGGCAUGCGGGAAGAGAUGAUCGAUGAGACCCGUCCAAUGAUAAGAAAGCAGAUUGUUUCCGAGUUGAAACGCGAGAUGAGUAACACCUGGAAGACAUGCGCGAAAAUCACAGGUGCCGGAUGUUUUCACAAACAGCAGGAAAUGAUUGAGCGUUUCCUUGAAGACAAAGGCGCAGACAUGUUUAUUCGCAUUUCGUCGGGGGUGGAAAGGCUUGUGGGCGGCAAGUGCAACACCAUGAACGGCAAUCUUGGAAGGCUGAAGGAUUCUGUGGACAAGGAUAUGUGGCAUACUUACACAACGACCAUCGUGGCGAAAGAGGAUGGGAGGCUUUCCUUACGGAAGGAGGUACUUGACUUUCUCAUGGAGGCCGACGCUCAGUUCAAGCUUCUUGAUGAGCGAGACAUGUGA